AAAAAAAAAAAAAAAAAAAAAAGAAGAAGGGCGAAAUGGUAUGGACAAUUAUGAGGCGGCCAUUAAUGGCGGAAGAGCGAGAAGAGCGUGAGAAGUAGAGAGCGGUACAACAACGGCAGCAUUUCCCAAUUCCCGGCUGAAUAAAGGCAUUAAUUCGUACAUUACGUAUGCUUUUCCCCCUGAAUUUUACGAUUAGGGUUUGAAUUUUGAUGACUCGGUAGUCUGCCAUAGUCAGAAGUGGCGGAGAGGCGCAGGUAUCGCGUGAUUGAUUUGUGUUGCUGAUAGUUGCGCAUUGCGAAUCAGGUCUUCGGCUGAAGAUCUGAGCGGCGGAGACGGAGGAGGGGGAAGUUUCUGAGUGCGAAGAAUGAGUGCUUCGAGAUUCAUAAAGUGCGUGACGGUGGGCGAUGGUGCAGUGGGCAAGACCUGUCUCUUGAUUUCCUACACCAGCAAUACUUUCCCCACGGAUUACGUUCCUACUGUAUUUGAUAAUUUCAGCGCAAAUGUGGUUGUUAAUGGAGCCACUGUUAACCUAGGCCUGUGGGACACUGCUGGACAGGAGGACUACAACCGACUAAGACCUUUGAGUUAUCGUGGAGCUGAUGUUUUUAUCUUGGCAUUUUCUCUCAUUAGCAAGGCUAGCUAUGAAAAUGUUUCGAAGAAGUGGAUUCCUGAAUUGAAGCAUUAUGCACCUGGUGUCCCGAUUGUUCUUGUUGGUACAAAGCUCGAUCUUCGAGACGACAAGCAGUUCCUGGAAGAUCAUCCAGGUGCCGUUCCCAUCACUACUGCACAGGGGGAGGAACUGAAAAAGAUGAUAGGAUCUUCUUAUUACAUUGAAUGCAGUGCAAAAUCACAAGAGAAUGUCAAAGCAGUUUUUGACGCUGCCAUUAAAGUUGUCCUCCAACCACCCAAGCAAAAGAAAAAGAACAAGAAGCCCCAAAAAUCGUGUUCUAUAUUAUGAUC